AUGGCUGACAGUACUCUAAAACGAAAGGAAUUUAGUCCUAAAAAGCCUGAAGUUCCUACAAGUUGUAAGCGUCGAGGGGAAGUUAAAUCCGAACCUAUAGUCUUAAGUGAUGAGUACGAAGACAAUAUUCGUUCUGCAAGGAGAAGUAUUGUUUUUAACGACGGCAUAGAUAUUAAAUCGAUUGAUUCCAGUGUCACCAGUGGCAGUAAGAGAUAUGACGAGAUACCAACUGCAAACCAUAGCAAUGAGGUAUAUAAUAAUAAAUAAUAAUUUUUAUUUGUAUUAGGGAACAAAAGUAACAUAAAGCAAAUUUAUUUUUGGUAAUACGUUUUACUUAAAACUACCCUUAGUUUAACUAUACAAUAUAUAUUUAUACCAAAUGUCUAUAUGUCUAUGAUCAAUGUGUCCUCACAUUUCUGGAUCUGAUAACCGCAUGACACUUGCUGCCAAAACGGUGGCGUAAAAUAUGGUGUCAGCACGAACUCAAAAUCGGCAAAAUGUGCAUUUUUUGCGACGUUUUUCCACAUGAAUUACGUUUUAGGGGGAGUUAAUAUUUUUAGACAUUUAGGGUUAGGAUUUGGAGUAUGAUUAAGAUUAGAGUUAAGAUUAAGAUUAGGGUUUAUAGGAUUAGAGUAAGGGUUGGGAUUAAGAUUAGGGUUUAUAGAGUUAAAGUAAGGGUUGGGAUUAAGAUUGGGGUUUAUAGGAUUAGAGUAAGGGUUGGGAUUAAGAUUAGGGUUUAUAGGGUUAGAAUAAGGGUUAGAAUUGAGAUUAGGGUUUAUAGGAUUAGAGUAAGGGUUAGGAUUAAGAUUAGGGUUUAUAGGAUUAGAGUAAGGGGUAGGAUUGAGAUUAGGGUUUAUAGGAUUAGAGUAAGGGUUGGGAUUAUGAUUAGGGUUUAUAUGAUUAGAGUAAGGGUUAGGGUUAGGACUAAGGUUAAUUUUAAAAUACAAAAGAAUACAAAAUUACAAAAGUCUAAAAAUAGUGACUCCCCCUAAAACGUGAAUUCUGGGGGGGGGGGGAUUUUCAACCUCCUCCACAGGCAUUUGUUUUCCUGGCACAUUGAGAGUGGGUAAUAUAUUGUGGGUAUACUUUGCUUUUGGGGGGUGGGGGGGGGGGAGAUCGACUGCCUAUAAAAAUUGGAACAUUUAAAGAGCUGCUGUUAAUUAAUAUUCACUACAAUAUAUACUGUGCAAUAGUUGGUUAAACGAUUAGAUGGUUAGCUAGCAUGUAAUUAUUAUAUUGUUAAUCUAGGUUCCAAGUCCAAUUUCUUACUACAAAGGAAAUCGAAACUUGCCACUGCUUCAUACCAAAAGCCCGGAACUCGAAGAAAUUAUUAAAGUAUGCAAGUUUGGUCCGGAACCAGAAAAGUUGGUCAAACAGAAACCUUUAAGAAUUCACCAAAGUGCAACAUUUGUCAUUAACCAAGGUGGUAUCGGGUUAAAGCAUCCUUUUGAUUUAGAUGCUGACGAUAUUUCAGGAGCUUUUACGAAAAAAGACAAUGUUAGUUUCUACGAAGUUGAGGGAAAUGAGGACAAAUUAAUAAUAAGUUCGGAGGUCCAUGUUACUCGUGAUAGAAAUGGGCGUAUUAUUGCAGGAACGUACAACAAGCGAACAAGUGAAGGAUGGAAACCUAAAACUGCUAACAUGAGCAAAUUGCAUGCUGUAUUCCGAAGAAGAGCAGUUCACAAAGAAACAUUGGAAAAAGAAGGGUCUUCGUUCAACAGGGUUAUCAUGUUUGUCAUGUCUGUGGCGGAAUAUAAUAAUGUCAAAGGAAAAAUAAAAGAUAUGAAGAUUUACAACUUGCUGUAUCCUUACAUCAUUAUGCACUAUUAUUUCACUGGUGGUCGUGUGGUGCCGAUUCAUGGUCAACCUCAUGGAAAUGCCAAGUCAGCAAAUGCCACCGAGUUCCGACCAAGAGAGCAUUCAACAAAAGUAGAAUUAAGAGAAAAUGCUGCCAGUGAUAUGCGAGCACCCAGAAUAGUCGCCCAGGAAUCAACAGAGGAAAUACAAUUAUUGGAGAUUGAUUCCGAUUGUACCAUUGUAAGGGAUCCAAAACAGAUAACAAAUUACAAAUAUGUAUACUUUGUAUAUGUUCUCACUUUUUGA